UGACAAAGUGGCCUAAUCUUAACAUCAGUAGGAUGAGGAGUAUCAGGACGGUAUGUUUGAUCUCCAUGCUGCUAUUACCAGUCUUGUCCUCCUACGGAGACCAGACUCAUGAAUACCGCGACUGCACAACUCUGAGGAUGAGGACAUGCGAGUACGCCAACCUUGAUACAACUCUAAAGAUUUUUGGAUGGGACUGUUUGAGUGAUAGUCAAUACAUGUGUGCAUUGGAGAUGACGGAGAAGAGGAUUGCCCUGGGAAAACCCAUCCUCCAAUACAAUGGCCGGUGGGCGUUCAGAAGGUAUAUUGGCCUACAAGAGCCAGCCUCAGUUUUCUUCUCCUUCUGUAAUGGCUUUGCUGUUUUCCUGGGUAUCUCCAACCUAGUCGCCAAGGUUCCUGUCACCUACAACCUCUUCCAUACUUGGCUCGGAUAUGGAAUUGUGUGUCUCAUCACGUGGUUUGUGUCGUUUCUGUUCCACGCGAAGGACACUGUGACUACAGAGAUUCUGGAUUACCUGGGUGCAAGUACCAUGGUCAUGUUGUCUCUCUACUGCAUGUUGCUGAGGAUAUCGGGCAGGGAUCAGUUCGGAAAGAUCAAAAACCAUCUGAACUACAAGUACGGGUUACCAAUAUUCCUACUGUGGGCCUAUCACGCCUACAAUCUUGGGUUCUACAAGAAAAUUGACUAUGGAUACAACAUGAAAUUCAAUGUCUUCAUAGGAGUGACCCAUCAUCUGCUGCUAACUGGGUGGGGACUCUGGAACUGGAAUCACAGACCACACAUUAAGAAAGCUGUCUGGGUCAUCGUCUUCUCCUCCCUGGCUCUUCUUCUAGAGCUGUUUGAUUUCUCGCCUUACUACCUGGUAAUGGAUGCUCACGCUACCUGGCACGCAGCCACUGUUCCCAUUACUGUGCUGUGGUGGAGUUUCAUUGUGGACGACUGUGUGUUUGAGUUCAACAGAUUCAAGAGGAAAGUUGUGUAAAUAAGAAGAAGAGAGCUCUCUUAUCAGAUCUCCUCUCGUUAUCUGAUGUUUUAAGGGGAAACUGAGAAGCUGUGCUAUUAUCAUUUGAGGGGGGAUAAGUCAUGUGGUUUGACGUCAUGUCACGUGGUGUGACGUCAUGUCACGUGGUUUGAAGUUAUAUCACGUUGUGAUGUGACGUCAUGUCACGUGGUUUGACGUCAUGUUAAGCUGCACUUGGUUAUCACCUUCCUUAUAACCAGUGUUAAAAUUGUGCUCUUCAUUAAGGAUAUUAGUAUUUAUUAUUAAAAUGUAAUGUAUAACAUUGUUCAAUACAGCGUGCUGUUAAAAAACUUAUGCGAUAUAGAAAAUAGUUGACAGUAUCAAGGUAAAAGGUCACACUGCUUGACUUUUGUGAAACACCACGCCACUCUUUGUCACGUGGUAUGCGUCAUUUGGUUUGAAAUCUUGUCACGUGCGCGUGGUGUGACGUCAUGUCAUGUGACUUUACGUUACAUCACGUGGUUUAAUGACAGGUGUACAAUAUAGUGUGUACUGUGUAAGCACAGUUCCUUUUGUACACAAUAUUUUGUACACAAUAUGUUGUGUGUAUUUCUUAUUAUUGCUGUGAUAACAUUGUAUUCUUAAAUUCCUUAUUCACAGUAUUUUGUAAUUAAGAGAUCUGUGGUAUCCAGCUGGCGAUUAUAAUGAAACUUU